AAUGAAUUUAGGAAGUUUAGAUCUAUUUCUAGAUUUUUAAGGGAAGACCUAUGAAAAGCAUAUUUAAUAAAUUAGAAAUAAUUCUGUACCUGUUCCAAUUGAAAAAGUCAAAACAAAGUAAAAAAAGUCAAAUCGAGCAAUAGAAUUAUCAACCCUUAGAGAUAAUAUUCAAAGAUAUCAACAAUAAUUAUAGGCUGUUUUUGAACAAAGGAAAAAGAAGCCUGCUCAAAAAUCAAUGAUUGUUGAAAAACCAUAAACAGUUAAAAGACACUAAUUGGUGUCUGUUUAAAUUAAAUCUCCUAAUUAUUUAGGAUUAUUUGAUAAAAAUAAAGUUUUUGAAGACUAAAUUCCUGUAACAAGGUAUAAAUGUAGUUAGUUAUGUUUAGUUUAAAAUAGAAACAUCAUUUAUUAAAAACAGUUAAUGAUGUGAAAUAAGAACAAAAUAAAGAUAAAAUAAACUCAAUAAUUGAUUAAGCAUAUAUUAGAAUGCAAGAUGAAUUGAAUAAUCAUAGUCAAAGUAUAUGAUUAUUACAAUUAGCAAGAUCAUAGGAGAGAUAACAGUAUAUAACUAAAUAUGAAACUUACAAUAAAGUACAUCAUAACAAUUAGGAAAGUAGAAUAGAAGCCGAAAGCUAAGAGAAAAGUGAAGGUUCUUCAGAUGAAGUUGAAGGUAAUUUAUAUAAUUAAUUAAUAAUUAGUAUAAAUAACAAGAAAAUUAAAAAAAACUUAAUUGAACGAGAUUAGAAAAAAAUAUGAUGCAAAAAAAAUAAUUCAACAAUUUCCAUAAAAGAGAUGGAGUAAAAUAAGAAAUCUAAGUUAUUCAUCACCAAAUGAAUACAAAACUUAGGCAUAGUAGUUAGAACUUAACAGUAUAAAAUUUAUUGAAUAGAUAAUUGAAACUGGUAAAAAUAAAAAGAAAUAAACUGGUGAUGCAAUAGAUAAAUUAGAAAGAAUUGCCAAUUAGUUAUUGGAUUGA